AUGCAACUUGUUGACAUCCUUUUAAACCCUCUUGAUGUGAAAAGUAACAUUUCAGUAAUAGCCAUAGUUGGGAUUGGUGGAUUGGGGAAGACCACACUUGCUCAACAAGUCUAUAAUGACGAGGCUGUGAAAAACCACUUUGACCUAAAGGAGUGGGGAAAACUUUUUCUGCUUGUUUUAGACGAUGUUUGGAAUGAGCAUCGUGAAAAAUGGCUUGAAUUGGAAAGCUUGUUGAGGGAAGGAAAAAAGGGAAGCAUGAUCACUGUGGCUACUCGUAGUGAGAAAGUGGCACAAAUAAUGGGCACUCUUGCACCUCUUAAUUUAAAUGAUUUGGAUUUUGAAAACUCUUGGGAGCUGUUUUGUAGAGUGGCUUUUCAGGAUGGAAAAGAACCUGAUAAUCAAGAGUUGGUAGGGAUUGGAAAGGAUUUUAUGAAAAAAUGUGCUGGAGUUCCACUCGCAAUAAGAACCAUUGGUAGCCUGUUGUUCACAAAAAAGUUGGGAGUGAGUGAGUGGUCAUAUUUUAGGGACAAUGACCUUGUAAAUAUAGAUUCUGAGGAUAAUAAGAUAUUUUCUAUCCUUAAACUUAGUUAUGAUCAUCUGCCCUCCUAUUUGAAAAAUUGUUUUUCAUUUUGCUCCUUGUUUCCAAAAGAUUACAAGAUUGAGAGAAAAACACUAAUUCGACUGUGGAUAGCCAAGGGGUUCAUUCAACCCUUAGAUAAAAAUAGGUGCUUGGAAGAUGUUGGUGAUGAGUAUUUCAAGCAGUUGUUGUCGAGAUGCUUGUUUCAAGAUGUGGUGCAAGAUUUUCUUCGGAGUGGUGGUGGUGCAAGGAUAACUGAGCCACGUGAUUUGAUCUGUGUAAGGGGAAAUUUGGAGAUUACAAAUUUGAGAGGGCAGCGGAGAAAGGUAAAGGAGGUUGAGUCAUCAAAGUUUCUGCUUCACAUGUCAUACCUUGGAGGACUAGCCUUAAGCUGGGAGGCAUCUUCACAUUCAUCUGUGGAAGAAUAUGAGCAUGAUGAUGAUGAUUAUGAGAUAAUUUUAGAAGCUUUAGAGCCGCCUCACACAAUUAGAGAACUAAUUAUUUGUGAAUUUAGUGGCAAAUGGUUGUCAAAGUGGAUAGGGAGUCUCACAUCAUUGCAAUAUCUAGAAAUCUCCGAAUGCAUUUCUUUGGCAUCACUUCCAGAGUCCAUUGGAAGACUCACAUCAUUGCAAUCUCUUGACCUCGAUCAUUGCACUUAUUUGGCAUCACUUCUAGAGUCUAUCAGAAAUCUCACAUCACUGCAAUCUCUUGACCUCUCUAAUUGCACUUCUUUGGCAUUACUUCUAGAGUCCAUCGGAACUCUCACAUCAUUGCAAUCUCUUGACCUCUCCUAA